CAUUAAUGGCAGGAAAAGAGAUAAUAGGAUAUAUGAUGGGAAGGAUUAAUGAAAAAUUUGAUAUAACCGGAGGAAUAACAAGAAAAAUGGCAGGAUAUAUUAGAAAACAUUUAAUAGGAACGGUCAAGAAAUAUGUUUCAACGCAACUAAAGGAACAUGUAGUAGACUAUAUGCUAAAUACAAUAGAAAGGAUGGUGAUACCAGAUCAUUUGAUAGAAAAACAAAUAGACAAUCUAUUAUCGUACGUUCUAAAAAAGACAAAUCUAAUUACAAAAAAUAUAUUUGAGUUCGUAGAAGUAAAUAAUGAAGAAAUGGAAGAAUUAUUGGAAGAAAUACUCAAUGAGGACGAAACAG